CGAGACUUGAUCUUGAUGAUCACCUUCCUAGCUGUCUCCGUACUCACCUCCCACUUGCUGGUCCGCUAGGGAGGCAAACCACUUUCUCUUGCCCCCUUUUUUCCUCUCGACCCGCCCUCCACUCGCCUGGCUAUCGUUGUACCAUUCUUUUUACGCAGUAACUCCUCUAUAGAUUCAAGACAUUUUCCGUUCUGCCUCUUCAGCUGCACUCGUGCUUUUCCUUUCUUUUUUUUUUUAAUCGUUCACUCCCUCUUUCUCUCUCUGACUUCUCUCCCACGAGCUCAUCCUUCUCGCCCCCUCUUCCAUCUUCUCCUCCUUCCUCCCCCCGCAUCGACCAUUUUCCCGGCACUUCAACACGGACCACCCCUGAACCAAACCAAACCAGACGCAAAUCGGACCAAACGGACCUUCCAGUGGGACCGCGGCCCCCCCUGAACGUCGCCCUUCCUUUACUCAUUAUACUCAUCACACACAUAUCACACACACACACACACACACUCACACACACAAUCUUACGACACGAUCUCUCUUCGGUCGCGGUCCUCCCCCUCUCGGCCUCUCUCCUUUCCUCCACUUUGCGCCGUCCAGCCCUGAAUUCUCCAAUUGUGCGAAAUGUCUGUUCUGCCUGCGACCACCUUUCGAUAGACCCCUCGAUACUGUCGAUAAAGCAAUGUGUACGAGUAUCACACCGUCGACCUAGCAUGAACGGCUCCUUCUCGGAUAUACUGCAGUCAAUCAAUCCAUUCGCCCGUCCGAUCGCCCGCCAGUAGUCCCAGUAUCACCGCUUCACGGACCCUCCGCCCCCACUGUCGCGACCAUCUUCACAUCUUCCAAUGCCAGGCUUCGGCCUAUGAACCGACUUGAAUUCCCGAAUCUCAUCCCUGCGCCCACCUUGAAAAUGCUACACCGCUCGGCCCUGGAAGAUGAACCGCGAUCGUUCCACUCGAGACGUCCCUCGGGCCCUCUGACGGAGCCCCCGUCUGGCCCCCUCCCCAAUCGACCAGCCUCGCGCACGUCACGGCCAGCCUCGAGGAAUCGAUUAGGAAACCCUUCCGGUGCGGGUAUGUCCACGGGAUUGGGGGUGGUGUCGGAGAACGGAGCGGAUCGGCCUCUCAUACUGGCACCCACGAGUCCCAUUAAAGAAGGACUCGGAAGUCUGAACCGCUGGUCGCAGUCCACUGCAUCCAGCAAGAGUCCAUCAGAAUAUAAUGGCCAUCGUCGCGGGAGCUCCAAGAUGUCCCUCUCGGGUCACAGCCCACAUCACGCCCCCGGGCUGGGCGAAUUGCCCGAGCUGAGCCUCCCCGAGCUAAGAGCAUCGGAGAUGUUCUCGUCCGACCCAACCACCUCCCAUCUCGACCUCUCCUUCACAGCGUCUAGCCAUAUAUUCCAGAAUUCUUCGGGCAAUGACCCUCGAGACCUGGGCAAUCUUCCACCCUACCAAGACUCCACAACGACGCGCACGAAUGACGGCGCGGCCUAUGCAGAUGGUGAAGGUGACGGCGAGAAUCGGCAACAUGGACAGACGCAAAAGGCAAUGCUGUCGAAAGCACUGCAAAAGGCGAACACGGCAGUACUGUUGGACAAUGCCGCGAAUUUCGAGGGCGCAAUGGAGGCUUAUACCGAUGCCUGCCAGCUGCUGCAAUUGGUGAUGUUGCGGAGUAAUGGAGGCGACGAGGAGAAGCUCAAGCUGCAAGAAAUCCGCGAUACCUAUAUGAUCCGAAUUACCGAACUUCAGCGCAUGGACUUCCCAAUGCCGGACAAUGAUGAUAAAGCGCUCCCCGAGCGUCCUUUGAGUCAAGAGUCCUACGGGGAGCUCUUCCAUGCCUCUUUCCACGAUGACUCCCAUAUUGAGAGCCACAACAGUUCAGCCCACUCCAGCCUGGGCCUUCAACCGGCCUUUGAAGAAUCCAAGUCUCUCCCUUCCGAGGCCAUUCCUCCCCGCCGUCAAUCGCUACGACCGUCUGCACAAUCGGGCAGGACUACUCCCGCCGGCCUGGGGAACAAUCUGGCAGCUUAUAAUGGACAUUUCCUCGAACCCGCAGCGGUGCAAGAGUCCAACGAAUCAACCUCCUGGCUUGACACGAUUGACGAGUCCGGUGCCUCUUCUCCAUCGUCUGCAAACUCCAAGGCCUCGUCCGUGUACUUGCGUCGGCGGACCAGCCGCCGCCUCAGCACCGAUACCGAAGCCGAAUUUGAUGCAGCCCUCGACGCUGCAGUGGAAGCCGCAUAUGACGAAGGCCUCGAGCCCGUGAUGGAAUAUAAAGAAGAGGAGAGCGAUGAUAUAGUAGCGAAUGCGCGCAGGAAUAUUGAGCUGGCAAAGCAACGGGUACGAGAAGCGGAAUUGGAGGCCGAGGCUGCCAUGAACCGUGGUCGAGAGUUCCGCCAUAAUCAGGAACAACCCAUCUUGGACAACCCCGUGGGCCGAAAUUCAGAGUAUCUGGACGAGGAGGCCGAAGAAGAGGAGCGUCUACUAGAGGAGAUGACCAAGGGCUACGUAAUGGAUGAUUUUGAGUUUGGCAUUCAAUCCAAGUCUGCCCUGCCUCGAGAGUCGGAUUCCAGUAAUAUGUCUGGGCGAACCUGGGAAAGCUCGGCUGCUUCAAACAUUACUGGCAACGGUGGUGCGACUCUGUCUACCCUUACGGAGGAUGAUGAUCAUAUUCUUCCUCCCGACUUGAUCGACAGGAACCACUUGCCAUCCUCUCCACCUACGGCGGCAUUACCCCCGAUCCCCGUUUCGUCUGAUUUCCCCGGUCUACCACCUCACCGAGCUUCGUUGUCUCAACCUCCUCCUCCGCCUCCCAUGGGUCCUCCCCCUGUCCCUGGAGUUCGGGCACGAAGACUCUCUGGACAGGCUUCCAGUGAGUUGACGAUCGAAACCGGCACACGCCCUCGCGGCGAUUCCACAAUCUCAAACGUCGAUCCCUUCACGAUUCCCUCUGUGGGCCUGGCCCCACCUCCUCUUCCCAAGGACGAGCCCUCGCAGGACCCGCGUCCUAGGUCUUCAACGCCCAGCUUGCGUGGCAGUCUACACCCUUCAAAACGCAAUCUUUCAGUUGGCUCGGUCGUGGACAACAUCAACCUAGCCAAGUCCCGUACUCACGAAGAUGACGAAUCUGGACUUCCUCCACUUCCUGCCUCUGCACGUCCAAUGGGCAAAGUUCCCUCCGCUCCAGACGGCCUUGACAAGGCCCAUAUCAACUCCAAAUCCGUCCGCAGUCGCAACGUCUCUGUUCCUAUUCCUGAUACCGCGCCAGGCUCUCCGACCACUCCGUGGAGUGGUUCGUUCCCAUCUCUGGAUACCCAAAAGGCUUUAACGAUACCUAGCGUUCCUGUCCUGCCGACCCCAACCGCCGCGAAUUUCACCCAAAACGGUCUUCCCACUGGUGGUCUCAACCUUUUCGAUUGCGAUAUUCAUUCUCCCACUGCUUUAGGACGUCCGAACUCGCUCGUUCACAAUGCCCCUGUCCCACUUGAACCCUGUCCGGAAUCCUUCCUCCUCCGCCCAUUUUGGCUUAUGCGAUGCCUGUAUCAGACGAUCUCUCACCCACAGGGCGGUUACCUGUCCGCCAAGCUCUUCGUUCCUCGUGACGUUUGGCGUGUGAAGAACGUCAAGAUCAAGUCUCUCGAGGAUAAAGUGUCUAACUGUGAUCUACUGACGGCGGCCCUCCUCAAAUUGGCCCAGGUGGAUAUGUACGACGCGGAUGCAGUACUCGAAGAAAUGCAAUCAUUCGAGGGCGUUCUGGAACAGGUCCAAAUUGCAUUGUCAAAGAGGCUGGGUAACGAGGUUGGCAUUCACACUGCCGUUCCGUUGUUCAAGUCCAACGCGUCCUUUGAUGAUGCUGCUCAUCCCGAACUGGCCUCCUCCAGGACCUCUGGCACUUCCAAUAAAUCAUACCGGCCGACGUGGAAACGCCUGCGAUCCAAGACCUCGGGGAUUGGCACUACCACCCCGACAAUCUCAACUCCUCGCGAUAGCAACAAGGAGCAUGUGACUUUGAACUCGGUUCCCAUGACGGCGGCACCCGUAGGCCAGGCUCGGCGCAGUGUGACCUCGCUGGAUUUCUCGGGUCCAAAUUCUCAUUACAUGGGCGCAUUAGCACGGCUCUUUGAUGCUGCUCAAAUACUAGAUCAAAUCGCCCAGCAAGUCGAGGACCCAGGGCUCAAGCAUUCCUCUCAAACCCACGUGGGCCUGGAACUGUGCACGAGACACGCAGCCGAGUUUUUCGGUUUCUACAUUUGCCGCUUCGCAUUGGCUGAUGUUGGCCUCAUGUUGGACAAGUUCAUCAAGCGUGGCAGCGAAUGGGUGUUGAUCUAGUUCAUUUUGCUAUGUCGUGAUAUGCCUCUCUUAUAGUGGAGGAUUGCCCUCUACCUCACCAUUCCCCCCCCUUUGUCGCCCAAUCAUCCAUCCCCUUCUCUUCCCAGAAUAGAUCAGGCCUUCCCUCCUUCUCUGAGUGCCUGUUUGAUACCUCUCCCCCGAUCUACCUGCCCAUAUUAUUCUGACGUCUAUACUAUUUUCACCUAACACUCCGCCAUGUCUUUAAGAUACCAUGCCAUGAUUCGCCUCGAGAUAUGAUUUGAAGAACAUAAUUGCCAUUGUGAUGGGACUGACUGAAUUGUGCUUACCUAAACCAUAGCUGUUUCUGGUGCCCCCCUUAUAUCAUCUCGAUAUGUCUCCCCUUUAUCAUAUCCUAAAUCUGUGUUGCACUCCCCCGCUUCGUCUCAGCCCCCCCCCUCCCCCCCCAAAUCCUGAUCUCAACAUACACCUCACCAUUACAUACCAAGUGCUGCAUUUGAUACGUGAGUUACGACAUUCCAUUUUUGAUCCUGUUCAAGUCUCUUUUGCGAUACGAGCAUUGAUAGAGUAUAUACAUCAUGAGAAAAAGAUUCCAAGUUGUUCAUGAGCCCAUUCAUAAACGCUGUAAUUUAUCGAAAGCCAAAACAUCCCCUCCCAUCUCUUUUGUGUCAAACUGGAAGUCGAGAAAAAAAAAGUGGCCCUCCACUUGCGCUUCAAAGACUGAUCCCCGCAGAACGAAGACAUAUCUGCCGUCGUCGCUCGGCGUCCCGAAUAAUUUCCGAGGAUAAUUUGAGACUCGGCGCCAGAUGCGCAUACCGCUCAACUUCCGCAACGACACUAGAAAUGAUUGCAUCCACCCGUACCGGAGGCGGGAGCAACGUAGAUAACGUCGGUGACAUGGUCGCGCCCAUGAUUAAUAGUGUUUGCGAAACCAUCGAUAAAGCUCCCUGCCAUAGAUACGGAAGAUGGCCUUCGCGGUGACUGGUGACGUGUUCUAGCUGUCGUAGCGUAGCAUCGAGACACCUGCGACAACACUCGCGGACGCCGGGGUCAGCACCGGCUUGUUCGUUUUCGAAGACGGCGAGGAUGUACGGCCGGUAUAUGAUUGUGCGGCACGCGUUGUAUCGUAGUCUCAGCACCGUUUGGACGGGGUUGGAGAGUGGUGAUUGGGUGAGUGGGAAUUGAACUGGUUGUGGGAGACUUUCGUACCAUUGGGAGAGCUGGAAGUCUAGCUCUGAGACUAUCGGGCCUAGGGAGGAGAGUGUGUGCGUGCCGUCCUUUUGGUAGAUGAGAUGGCUGACUCGGUUUAGGAGUCUUCGUAAGGCGAUUUCGGCAAGAAAAUACCAGAGUUCGUCGCGUCCCGUGGUUUCUUCUGGGAGUCUACCGCUGCGGUCUUCUUUUUCGGUUUCGCCGUCCAUUCCUUCGUCCUCGUCCUCGUCUUCUUCUUCGAAGCCGCCUGGUAGAUCGACUACUUCUUCAAAGUUCACGAUGCCGGAAUGGGGGAGGUCUAGCUCGGCGAGGAGGUCGCUUUCGUACAGAAGGGAGUUCCAGUAGACUCGCACACUGAGUUCUUUCCAUUGUGCAGGUACUCGGUUGGGGUUGCCUAAGAGCAGCUGAAGCUUCAUGCUCACAUUGGAUAGCAGUGUCCAUGCUUCGAGUGGUCGUACUAGGUAGAACAGGUAGGCCGAUGCGAGAACCAUGCACUGUGCGGCAAUCGCAGAAUUCCGCAUCAUCACGGAGGGUAGAAUCGACCAUGCUGCGGCAAAGUACGGGAGUCCGGGUGGCUCGUGAUCUGCUGGUAGGAACGAGAUGCUGCCAUUGCGACUCGCAGCUCCGAGGGCUAGUACCAGUAGCACGAGACAGCUCACAGGCCCAUCUUGGAAUCCUUGCGCGAGAGCAGUUUGGUAGUAUCGGUUCCAUGUAUAUGGGUUCACACAUGCGUACCAAACAUUGGCAUGGUUGAAGAAGGCCUGCACGUACGCUGAUGCGUUGGCCAAGUCGAAGCCGGAAUUAGGGUUCAAACGCAGUGGUUCACGCGCCAUUUCCAAUUGAAGCAGAUUCUGGGGAUCGUAAGGCCCCGAUACCAGAUCCCGGAUCAAGGGCCAUUGGAGAAGAUGUAGGGCAGGGGUGCUGUGUACCUUGGGCAUGGUUGAUAUACUAAUGCUGGGCGGCGGAUUGGCCCAGGAGCCCAAUCCCACCGCAUUCAUUCUCCCAGAUGUUGACAUCCCAUUCAUCCUGGUGAUGGGAUCUUCACUACCGAUACCGGUGUCGUUGCUCGUCGCCGGGGAUGUCGACGACAUGGCUAGAUGAUGCGGACCUUGUGCUACCAAGCUGGAAUGAAGCAGCCCCUCGAUUCGGGUCAGAUGUUCUAGAAUAAGCUUGUCGCCAGCAUCAAGCUUAAUCCCUGGCUCCCGGUACACACACUCGGCAUCGAGAUCGGAGCAAAGCUGGCAUUUCGGACGGGCUCCAUUGCAUCUUGUCUUGCGUAACCGGCAUAUCUGGCACUGUCGAACUUCUAAGCUUGCCGGUAUCUAGCAGUGAAGUGAGAUAGAUUGGAAGGAAACUCACGGCGAUAGUUGCCCGUCUCCGCGGGUACUCCGCCGCAUCUUCACUGGAGCGCUUCUUCGUGCCUGAUAGAUCGAGGUCGCUCCCUAUGAUGGGAUCAACGUCUCUCUCUGGAGGCGGGGUCAUGAUCGGCAGCAAAGGAUGAGAAAUGUAGUGAAGACCUCGACAAAUUCGACAAAUGGUGAGCUCCUCCUGCGGAUAAUUGAUGUCGGAAGCUAUACCAUUCCACUGGCGAGAUUGUCGUGUAGCUUCGCAUACCAUUACUAUACCGGAGGUUGUGGAAAUCCAGAGACAGUCCCACAAUGAUGGACGGGGCAACAGUCUAAUUGAGCAUCAUUUCCCCAGAGGUUAUGCCCGUCAGAUGUCGCAUUGGUUGCAGUGCACAGUACCAUUG